GUCGGAGUUGUUCGCACCAAAUCACUUCUCCUCUCUCCAAUUCCAAUCAGUUGGAACACACACAGCACGCAGUUUUCCUUCGCUAACGAUAACGCUCUCAACUCUCUCUCUCUCUCUCUCUCUCUCUCUCUCUCUCCAGUUCUCUCUCCAAAACUGAAGAGAUCCAACAUGGAGACAAUGGUCUCGAAUCCGACCAUUUUCUCAGGCCGACCGUUGGCUCCGGUCCGUACAACGGGCUCCACCUGUAACUCGCGCCGAGCCAGUUGCUUCGCUCCUCCGCCGGAUAAACUUUUGCUCCGUCGGAAGAUAAUAUGGUUAGGGCUUGAUUCUUCUUCGUCUUCGUUUCGAAGGAAGUCGGUGAUUACCCGUGGCGUUACGGAGUUAAACGAGAGCCAGUUCUUCGACCUAGUACUCAACUCCGACCGCCCCGUCCUCGUCGAAUUCGUCGCCAAUUGGUGCGGCCCUUGCCGUUUGAUUUCUCCCGCCAUCGACUGGGUUUCACAAGAAUACAAAGACAAGUUAACAGUUGUAAAGAUUGACCAUGAUGCGAAUCCUCGACUCAUUGAUAAAUACAAGGUUUAUGGCUUGCCGACUUUGAUUCUCUUCAAAAAUGGUGAGGAGGUUGCGGAAAGCAGGAGGGAAGGUGCUAUUACGAAGGUAAAGCUUAAAGACUACGUUGAUGCUCUGUUGGAGUCAAUAUCUGUCACUUAAAAAUUCUUCCAUUUCCUGUCAACGGUGGCCUCUUUGAUGCUUAACAGAUAAACAUAUCGAAUGGGCAGAAUCCUUCAAUCACUUUAUUUUAUUCUUGUGCAAUAUUUUGCAUUAUUCUGUAAUUCCAUUCGGUUUCUAUGUUUGAGCUAUUCCAUAUGUUAUGGGUACUUGGACAAUUACCAGUAUGAAUGAAAAUUAGACUUCCAAA